AUGGGCAUCGGCGGGCUCCUGCCGCUCCUCAAGGAGAUCCAGCACACGGCGCACGUUCGCGAGUGGGCGGGCAAGACGGUGGCCGUCGACGCCUACGUCUGGCUGCAUCGUGGCGCGUACGGCUGCGCCGAGGACCUCGCCCUGGGCAAGCCCACGACUAAGUACGCCAACUACGCCAUGCACCGCGUGCGCAUGCUCAAGCACUUUGGCGUCACGCCCAUCCUCGUCUUUGACGGCGGCCUGCUCCCGAGCAAGAUGGGCACCGAGGACGCGCGCGAGGCGAAGAGGGCGGACGCGCUCGCGCGUGGGCGGGCGUUCCUCGCCGAGGGCAAGGGCGCCCAGGCGAGAGAGUGCUUCGUCAAGGCGGUCGACGUCACGCCCGCCAUGGCGUUCCAGCUCAUCAAGGCUCUGAGGCGCGAGAAGGUCCAGUACAUCGUUGCGCCCUACGAGGCCGACCCGCAGCUCGCCUACCUCGAGCGCACCGGGCUCGUCGACGCCGUCGUCACCGAGGACUCGGACCUGCUCGUGUUCGGGUGCCGCAACGUCCUGUUCAAGCUCGACGGCGAGGGCAACUGCGUGUCGAUCUCGCGCGACGACUUUGCGCGGUGCCGCGACUUCAACUUUGCCGGCUGGAGCGAGGUCGAAUUUCGCCAGAUGGCCAUCCUCAGCGGGUGCGACUACCUCGACAGCGUCGUCGGCCUCGGCCUCAAGACGGCGUACCGCCUCCUCCGCAAGUACAAGACGCCCGAAAAGGUCAUCCAGUUCGUCCGCCUCGAGGGCCAGCUUACGGUCCCGCGCACCUACCUCGACGAGUUCCGCCGCGCCGAGAAGACGUUCCUGCACCAGCACGUCUUUGACCCGGUCAAGCGCGAGCUCGUGCACCUCACGCCGCUCCCCGAUGGCAUCACGGCCGCCGACCUGCCCUUCAUCGGCCCAGUACUCGACGGCGACUAUGCGCGCGGCGUCGCCGACGGCGACAUCGACCCGAUCACCAAGCUCGCCAUGGUCGACCUCGUCCCCGAAUCGGGCCCGUCCACCUCGGCGCCGUACAAGCCUCAGCCGUUCAAGCGCUCGACUGGCCCGACGAGCUCGACGGCGAAAUCGGCCGCCGGCUCGCUCCUGUCGUACUUCUCGCCAGCGCCAGCUGCGUCGACGUCCUCGGCGGCGCCGUCGAACCCGGCCAAGGCGGCCAAGGCGCGCGCCAAGGUGACGCUCGUCGCCGGCUCGUCGUCGUCGUCGGUCAAGCGCAAGGGCAAGCAGAAGGACGAGGAGCCGCAGGAGGCGCGCCAGAGCAAGUUCUUUGGCGCCACGGCGGCGAGCGCCAAGGGCAAGGGCAAGGCGCGCGCCGUCGAGGUGCCGCUCGUCGAGGAGGAGGCGCUCGGGCUCGCGGCCGACGACAGCGGGUUCCUCGAGUGCCUCGAGCUGCCACCGUGCAGCGACGACCUCGACGCCGAGGCGGCACUGCGCGAGACCGAGUUCAGCGUCGAGAUGCGCUCGGUCGUCGCCGUUGAGGAGGAGGACGAGACGCCGCCGGCUCUGGCGCCGCCGCCAGCCGAUGCCGCGCCGCUCCUCCUGUCGUCGACGCCCGCCAUCUCGUCUCCUCCCGCCACGCCGCCCCGCAAGCGCGCCAAGCUCGUGCACUCGCCCUCGGCGGCGCUCGACGUGCCCGUCACCGGUCCGCCGUCCGAGGCGGGCAUCAGCAGCCCGGCGCAGAGCACGGUCGCGCAGGCCGGGUGGGACCACGACGAGCUGUCGAGCCCGAUCCACGCGCCUGCCGCCGUUGCGACCGGCGCCGUCGCCGCCGCCACCGCCGGCAAGCUCGAGCGCGCGUCCGAGCCCGAGGUCAAGCGCGAGGAGCCGCAGCAGCAGCAGCUCGCCGCGACGCCGACGAUCGAGCUCUCGAGCGACCCGAUCCUCCUGUCGUCGUCGCCCGGCGCGGCACCGACGCCGCGCCCGUCCGUGUCGACGCGCGACAUCAAGCCUGCGUCGCCGCUCAAGGGCAAGGCCAAGGUCAAGGCCAAGGUCAAGGCCAAGGCGCCCGCACGCUCGUCGCAGGGCAAGACCAAGGCGUCGCCUCGUCGGUCCAACGUCGUUGGCGUCGAGGUGCGCGCCGACGAGGUCGCGCCGCCGUCGUCGUCGUCUUCCUCGGCCUCGUCCUCGGCGGCCAAGGCGGUCAAGGCGAGCGGGAGCGGGAGCGCGAAGAGGAGGAAGCGGGUCAAGGAGGAGCAGGUCGACGAGGACGAGGACGAGGGCCAGGACGAGGCGGCAAAGGCGCUCGCGGCGUCGUGGCGCGCCAAGUUCAUGCUCCCCGCCGCCACCAAGACCCCGCUCGGCCGCUCGAGCCUCGGCCGUCCCUCGCCGCCCACGCCGCAGACCGCCGCUCGCCCGCCCGCAUCGCCCAAGAAGCGCAGCGCCUCGACCGACCUUUCGCGCCCGCCCUUGUCGCCCAGGUCGCGCAACCGCACCUCGUCCUCGACCAGCGCCGCCGUCGUCGCACCGCCGCCGCCGCCGAUGCGCACGCGCUCGCCGCUCAAGCAGCUGCAGCGCCCGCCGCCACCGCCGCAGGAGGACGUCGUGCCCGCGCCCGCAAUCGCGCCGCCGGCCAAGAAGCGCCGCACGAGCGCGCACGGACCCCCGGCGCUCGCGGCGCUGCCCUCGUCGCCGCCGCAAUCGAGCGACGGCAUCCUGUCGUCGGCGCCCGACGACGCGUCGUCGUCGCCCGUCGUCGUGACGAACCCGAGGCUGCUCGCGUUCCGGUUCACGGGCAGCGUGCGGCGCAACUGA